UGGCAACGAGUCAAGAUCGGGUGAGAGAAGUGAUCAAAAAAUGGCAUCCGCGCCGAUGUCGCACAAUGAGGUUUCCCAGGAAUUUUCUGUCAACAAACUUAUCCGCGUUGGUUAUUACGAGCUGGAAAAAACUAUUGGUAAAGGAAAUUUUGCCGUAGUAAAAAUGGCCACCCACGUCGUAACAAAAUCUAAGGUUGCUAUAAAGAUAAUAGAUAAAACUAAACUAAAUGAGGAAAAUUUAGCAAAAAUUUUUCGUGAAGUACAUAUAAUGAAAAGAUUACGACAUCCACAUAUUAUAAGACUGUACCAAGUAAUGGAAACAGAAAAAAUGAUAUAUUUAGUGACAGAAUAUGCUCCUGGUGGUGAAAUAUUUGAUCAUCUUGUUCGAAAUGGUAGAAUGGCAGAACCAGAGGCACGAAGAGUUUUCCGUCAGAUUGUACUUGCCGUUCAUUAUCUGCAUCAACAAAGAGUAGUUCAUCGAGAUCUUAAGGCUGAAAAUUUGUUACUUGAUGCAGACAAUAAUAUAAAAAUUGCUGAUUUUGGCUUUAGUAAUGAAUAUACACCUGGUGUUCCACUUAGUACAUGGUGUGGUUCACCACCAUACGCUGCACCUGAAAUUUUUGAAGGAAAACAUUAUGAUGGUCCAAGAGCUGAUGUCUGGAGUCUUGGCGUUGUCUUAUAUGUAUUAGUUUGCGGUGCUCUACCAUUUGAUGGACCUACAAUGCAGUUGUUACGAUCUGUGGUUGUCUCAGGGAAAUUCAGAAUACCAUUUUUUAUGUCUGCAGAUUGCGAAAAAUUGAUUAGACACAUGUUGGUGGUAGAACCAGAGCGACGUUUAAGUAUUUCUCAAAUCUUAGCGCAUUCAUGGAUGAGUGAAGAUGGCGUAAUAGAAUUAGAACCUGGAGGAUGUAAUCCUGAAGUAAGCGUGCCACCACCAUUAAAUCAAUUAGUAAUAGAAAAUAUGUUAAGAUUGCCUGGACUUAGCACAGAUACGUUAUUACAAGCCAUUAAAGGAAAUACUUUUGAUCAUGUAUCAGCUAUAUACAAUUUACUUGUUGAUCGAUUAGAACCAACAAUGCCUAAUUUACACAGUAUUCAAAGUAUACCAGGUGAUUAUUUGCCAGAUGGUGCACAUCAAUUAGAGAAGUUUGGUGAAACUGAAGCGGAAACGGAAGAGAAAAGUGGUCUUUAUUUGCCAUCUGGAACACCUUACCAUACAACAAGAAGACAUACAGUUGGACCUGGUGAUGCAGUGCAUCAAUCUCCUUCGUCAUAUCCUUAUCAUCAUAUGUCAGGCUAUCAAACUUUACGGCCUCUUCCUGUUCUUCAGUGUAAUAUGGAUCCUCAAGUUUUACCACAUACCAAUUUACCAUUAAAUCUUCCCUUAGUUCAACAUCAACCACCACAAAAUUUCCAAAUAAAGGAUCAACAUUUAUUGAAACCACCUCCUGUAAUGGGUGCCACCGGAGGUUUUGGUAGAAGAGCUUCAGAUGGUGGAGCAAAUCUUCACAUAUUUCAUCAACAACAUAGUAGUAACAUUAACAAUGAUGAAGAUAAUGGCUGGAGUCAAUCUGGUAGUAGGGAACAAUUACAGCCAUUACAGAGUGGUAGUUCAGGAUUAGUACCAUGUGCUCAAUCAUUAAAUGUUGCUGUCAGUACUGCGACUGGAGACGGGAGUAAUAACAACAGUGGUAAUAAUAGUGGAAAUAGUGAUAGAAGAAGAAGAAGUGGCCUUAGCACUGUUAUGCAGCGACCAGUUAUAAAUCCGGAAUUGGUAAUGGAAGUAGAAGCUAGGAUGAAUAGGGCUUACCUACCAUCGCGACUGUUACCAACUCACCUUAGAGGAUCAACACUUCCACACCACAGGAAAUCUUCAUUAUAUCAUGCUAGCACUGUAAGUAAUAGGGAUUCGUAUAAGGAACCAAGCAGCCAUGUUGCUACUGAAAGAUACUCACCUGUUCGUCGGGCAUCGGAAGGAUCGGGUGCACCUGGACCAGGCAUCCAAGCACUUCAACAAGAAUAUCAACAGUUACAAAGAUUAGCAUCACCUUCACACAGUCCUGCGAGUAUUCCUGGUUCUCCUGUUCACGAAAGAGGUGUAGCAGCAAUUACGCAAGGUCUCAGUGGUUUAACUACGACAUCAGUACAGGGUAGUAUCGUACACGGUACGCCAGCACAGCCACCGGCCACACCUUUAGAUUUGAGUCCACUUAGGCAUCAUAGAUCACCUGCGACUACUCCUGUGAGUUACUCUCCCAGCAAUAGUCCAGCAUUGGAUAUGAUACAAGAAGAACAUCCUGUAGAAAUAUCAAGGUUGCAAAAAACCCACGAAGCACACUUUAUUCAAGGGAUGUCCUAGAGAUAUCAUUUUGAGAUUUCGCAUUAAUCUCACAUCGGGGAUAGUCUCGGACAUCUGGUGGGCAUCCAGCAGAUACACUAAUGUCCGCCACAAUGUUAUCCUACGGAUAUUUUAGACGAAGUCCAGAGGAUAUCCAAGAACUCCAGAAAUAUUGUAAGAUAUAUAAUGCUUGAGAUGUGACAUAUACGUCCUAAAUAAUUAUUAUUGUGUAUUAUACUAUUAGACGCAUGAUUCACGCGAAUGUACAUUCAUAUAGAAGUAUAAAUAUUUGAAGACAUGGUAGUGGCUCGAUGCUGAGACAAGCGCAACGACAUUGUAGGGCGAGACCAGCCGUAUUAAAGAUUCCUUUAUUAUGCAAGCCGACAAGUUGCGAGAGAUCGAGAUUAUCGAAUCUCAAUAACGGCUAAGCUGAUCAAGUUUUAUGUAUGCUCAAUGAGUAUAGAAAACGCGGAGGAAUUGAACGAGGGCAUAUAUGUCUCA